AUGGCAGUGAAAACAAAACCUGAAGAGACAGUUUCUCUCGGCCCACAGGUUCGUGAAGGUGAACUCGUCUUCGGCGUUGCUCAUAUUUUUGCUUCCUUCAACGAUACAUUUGUCCAUGUCACUGAUCUCAGUGGUCGUGAGACAAUCAUUCGCGUAACUGGAGGCAUGAAGGUGAAAGCCGAUCGUGAUGAAUCGUCACCAUAUGCAGCUAUGCUUGCUGCACAAGAUGUUGCUGCCAAAUGCAAAGAGCUCGGAAUAACCGCACUUCAUAUCAAGCUCCGCGCUACAGGAGGAACUGGACAAAAGACUCCAGGACCUGGCGCUCAGUCAGCCCUUCGUGCUCUUGCUCGCUCUGGAAUGAAAAUUGGCCGCAUCGAGGACGUUACUCCUAUCCCCACUGACAGCACUCGCAGAAAAGGAUCUCGCCGUGGUCGCCGUCUAUAA